AUGCUUGAGAAAAAUCCAAAGCAAUGGCAUGAGAAGCUGUCAGAAACAUUGUGGGCGUACAGAACUUCAAAAAGGGAAGCAACUGGCAUGACUCCGUAUGCCUUAACUUAUGGACACGAUGCAAUUCUGCCUAUGGAAAUUGCAGUUCAAUCCCUCAGAAUUGCUCAUCAACACGAACUAGUGGGAGAAGACUACAACCAGGCCAUGUUAUUAGAACUAGAAGGGUUGGAUGCAAGUAGGAUUGAUACCCUCAACAAACUCUUAGCAGGAAAACAGGCUGUGUCGAGAGCUUACAACAAGAGAGUUAAAAACAAGAGUUUUGAAGAAGGAGAGAUAGUCUGGAAAGCAGUUCUGCCCCUCGGAACACAUAUAGCUGGUUAUGGAAAAUGGUCACCAAUUUGGGAAGGACCUUUCGUAAUUAACCAAGUCUUGGGAUUAGGAGCAUACAGGCUGCAGGAUCGAGAUGGAGAAGUCCAUGCUGCGCCAAUCAAUGGCAAAUGGUUAAAGAAAUUCUAUCCAACCAUGUGGGAUUCACAGGCUGUGCAGACAGAUCCUGGGAUAGAAAGAGAACGAAUUGAAACUGUUGCUUGA